UGUGACCUUACACUAGGAAUAAUAUAUAAAGCAGGAAAUGGCAAAGCAUUAGUUGUGAUACUGAAAAGGCAGUAGAAUGAAGCUCAUAGUCGUAUUUGCAUGUGCUCUCUUAUUUGCACAGGGGGACAAGACUGAUGACUUGGAGGAAUGGAAGGAGGAAAUAAAGCAAACGGUUGAACAAUGUAGAGCGGAAAUUGGAGCGACGGAAGAUGACGUUGCUUCUCUCAAGGGACCAAAUCCGACCCCGACAGAGAAGGGAAAGUGUUUCGCGGCGUGUAUGAUGACGAAAAGAGGAUAUUUGGAUGAAUCCGGAAAGUUCAACAAGGACAAGAUACGCACGGAGAUGGCAAAAUUGAAACCCCUAGACGAAGGAAGGUUUGAAGAGCACUUGAAGAUCGUGGAGACUUGCUUUGACACAGUGGAGGAAGGAAAGGAUAAAUGCGAUACAGCUGCCAGACUCUCCCAUUGCAUCUUUAAAGGUCAUCACGGAAUCGAAUAAGGCACUUUAUUGUAUUGAAGUGCUCUACAAUAAAAUAUAGUUUUUGAAAUAUAGUUGUUCUAUAGCAUUAUUAUUAGAAGAAUAAAAGCAGGCAAUGGUGGCUA